AUGUAUUUUUUCUUUUUCUUCUUUUUUUUUCUUUUUUUCUUUUUUCGUCCUAUUUUUCUCCUUUUUUUUUUUCUUCAUCUUCUUUUCGUUAUUUCUUUUCUUUUGCUUCUUCUUUUUUUCUUCUUCUUCGUCGUCGUCGUCUUCUUUUUCCGUCUUCCUCUUCUUUUUUGCCGUGUUCUUCUCCUCCUGACCUCCUCCUUCUUCUUCUUCUUCUUCUUCUACUUCUUCUUCUUCUUUGUUUUCUUAUUUUUUUUUUUUUCUUCUUCUUCUUUUUUUUUUUUUCUUCUUCUUUCUUUUUUUCUUCUUCUUUUUUUUUUCUUCUUCUUCGUCGUCGUCGUCGUCUUCUUUUUUCUUCUUCUUUCCCUUUUCUUCGUCUUCUUCUUCUUCUUCUUCUUCUUCUCGCGGAAGGUAGAAAGGAAUCCUUUUCCGUUCACUUUGGUUGUUGUACUUUCCCGACGUACAUCCAUACGAAAAUCCUCCUUCCACUCCGAUCCGAGCCUGCCACUCCUACCCUCGUUUCAGUCUCUCCCUUCCUCCGUUAUUUCUCCACAUGAAACUAUCUUCCGUUCUUUCUUUCUGUUAUACUAUUUUAUCUUUUUCGUUCGUUUCAGUUUAUUUUGA